AUGGGCUUGAAGUGGUUCGAAGCGUCGAGCCGUCGAGCACCGGAGCGCCUCUUGAGGUGGUUUGUGGCGAAUGGUCCUCGAAUACGUGGAUACCAGGAGUCAACGGACCCGAGCGGCUGGCUCGCAGAAGACACGAAGGAGCUGCUUCAGAAGGUGGACUCUCUUGGACUUCGGUGGAAGCAGCUGCAGACGGUGGCCUUCAGCGAGCUCUCGCCUAGUCGCGUCGUGGAGGUUUCCACAACUGCAACUGCCUCAUCAAGGUUCUGCCCCUCCGGCCAUGCGAUGUCCGUAUUCACGGCCGCCAAGGACGGUGCUACCUGCCAGAUCUGCGGCGCCCUGCACGCGCCUGGCAGCGUGCUGAUGAGAUGUGAUCUGUGCGGGCACGAGGCCUGCAUGGGCUGCACCGCAAAGGCGGCAGACCCCCAGGUUAGCGCGAGCCCUCUGCCGGCGCGCGACCGGCCAAAGCAGCCGGAGACCAUCCCGGAGGACGUGCCCGCGUCGGUGGACUGCGGCACGCCAGUUGGCACGCCCACGGCGGAGCCUUCGGAGACGGGCGAGGGCCAGGGCGGCCAGGGCGGCCUGGGCCAGCCACAGUUCACCAGCUUCCACAUCAGAAGAUGA